CGGUCGCUGCUUCCGGUCUGGCUCCUCCCGGUGCAGGUGGUCGGCAGCGGGAAAAGUUCCCGGUCUGUGUCAGGAGGAGAGGGUUGAAGUUGGUUGGGGUUGGUUUGUCGCUGGGAGGGGGAGUGAAGGCGGGUCAGGGUCAGGGUCCGGGGGCGGGGGGAACCGUGUGCUUGUGGAGCCGGAGCCGGUGUCACGCGUCCGGCUUCCCCGCGGAGUGAGAGGCCGAGGCCGAGCCCGGGCCUGGCCCCCGGGUGCCAGUCAUGGGGAUCCUGGAGAAGAUCUCCGAGAUCGAGAAGGAAAUCGCUCGGACUCAGAAAAACAAAGCCACAGAAUACCAUCUGGGCUUGCUGAAAGCCAAACUAGCCAAGUACAGAGCCCAGCUGCUGGAACCCUCAAAAACUGCAAGUGGCAAAGGGGAGGGCUUUGAUGUUAUGAAAUCUGGAGAUGCCAGGGUGGCAUUGAUUGGCUUCCCUUCUGUGGGUAAGUCCACGUUUCUGAGUUUGAUGACUUCCACAGCAAGUGAGGCAGCUUCAUAUGAAUUCACAACCCUCACCUGUAUCCCAGGUGUUAUAGAGUACAAAGGAGCCAACAUUCAGCUUUUGGAUCUGCCUGGUAUCAUAGAAGGAGCAUCGCAAGGGAAAGGUCGUGGGCGGCAGGUGAUAGCAGUCGCGAGAACAGCAGAUGUUGUCAUUAUGAUGCUGGACGCAACAAAGGGUGAUGUGCAGAGGAGAUUACUUGAAAAGGAGUUGGAGUCUGUAGGUAUCCGGCUAAACAAGCCCAAGCCCAACAUUUACUUCAAGCCAAAGAAAGGAGGCGGCAUUUCCUUCAACUCAACACUUCCGUUAACUCAAUGUUCAGAGAAACUAGUUCAGCUCAUCCUCCACGAGUACAAAAUCUUUAAUGCUGAAAUUCUCUUCAGGGAGGAUUCCAGUGCUGACGAAUUUAUCGAUGUCAUAGUUGGGAACCGUGUGCACAUGCCUUGCCUUUAUGUUUAUAAUAAAAUCGACCAGAUUUCCCUGGAGGAAGUGGACCGCCUGGCCAGAGAGCCUCACAGCGUGGUGAUCAGCUGUGAAAUGAAGCUGAACCUGGACUAUCUGAUGGAAAUGUUGUGGGAAUACCUCGCUCUCAUCUGCAUCUACACAAAAAAGAGGGGAGAAAGACCGGAUUUCUCAGGCGCUAUAAUAAUGCGAAGAGCAGCUUCAGUUGAACAUGUGUGCCACCGAAUUCACCGGACGCUGGCCAGCCACUUCAAGUACGCUCUCGUCUGGGGCACCAGCACAAAGUACAGCCCGCAGCGAGUGGGGCUGACUCAUGUGAUGGAGCACGAGGAUGUCAUCCAGAUUGUCAAGAAAUAAUGUGGCUGGCGAAAGCCCAUCCUGUCCGGUCCCCACCCCCGUGAUGGGCACAGGGGAGCGGGUCGUUUGGAAACUGCAACCAACAGACCGUGUGGGAUUGUUGGAUGGGAAAUGUUUUGGCUGUGGGCGCCCUCUAACACCAACCUUACUGUGUGACUUGUUAUCCUACAAUAUGGCCAGUGUUAAAAGUGGGUCUCUCUCGCUCUGCCUUAUUGUUACUGAUGUGCUGACACCGCGUGGGGCCCACACACGAGCCGAACUGUUUGUUUUUCCAUUUCACUCACGAUCGAGUUGCCUUCGAGCAGAGCGGCCGACAUUAACCCUUUGAGCGCUGAUCGGGUUUUAGAAUGUACUCUCUUUUUCGGAACGGAAAGUCUGGAAAGGUUUCUGUUAACUCGACUGCAUUGUGAUAUCUGUAGAGGUGGUUUGUUGGAGUAGGAGAUGGGAACAAUUUAAACAACAGUUUAGUUUACAAUGUGCUCCCCCACCCAGUAUUACAGAGCAGAGAAUCCGUGCUCACACACUAUAGGCAUUGGGAUGUAUGUCUUCGCUUUGGUCCAUUAAAAGGAAAAUGCUUUUUUUGGGUGACA